AUGGAGCUGGACCAGAGCAUUUUGCUUUGGCGUGGCCGUGCUGCUGAUACGAUGCUGCUAGGCGCUACGACUUGCAUGUCUAAGGAAGGCAACAGACUAGUUCUGCUAACGUCGGCUGAAGAUGUGCGCGAGAUCUGCGUCUCUACGCGCAAGUGCAUUAACCACUGGACCUUCCGAGCUGGUAGUGCUCACGCGCUGCACGUGGCAGCAGCACGUCACCCGCGCUCGCGGUUGUUCUUUGGUGUAUGUGGAGUACCUGGUGUGAGCGCUAGUAAGAUGGCACGUCAGAUUAGGCGACAGGAAGCCAACAAGACGACGACUUUACCGGCCAGCGAAGGCCUUGCGGUCUGGCGCGACACGGACUUGGACGUGGCCACAUGGAGACGCACACCGUUACAAUCGAACUGUAAGGUCUUUUCACUGCUGACGCAUGUAAAGCUGAAGGAGGAGGUUGUCGUGGUGUUCCAGGACGGUUCUUUCGCCACGUACGAUGAAGAUUUGAACCGAGGUGUGCAUAGUGAUGACGCCAAGGAAGCAGUCGCUGUAGAGGAUGAUGAAGAUGGAGAUGAAAAGACAACCCAGAAGGGUGACAAGCAGUUAGAGCUUUUGGUGUAUCAAAUCACAUGUCCUAAUGUAACGAGACGCAUGGGAGGUGUGUUAUCCGUUGUGCUGCUAGUACGUCGUCGUGUCGUUCUACCGGACAACGAGGAGUUGUCCUCGUGUGCAUUCCACCCGGAAACUUUCUCGUACUCGCUGAUUGGCCGCUCAGGCUGCUGGCAGACGCUGCGUUUUUCGCGUGACGCACUGACUAACGCGGUGACACUGGUGGCUUCUUACCAAAUGCCUAACUUAGCAUCAGCGGAGGUGGAUUCCGCCAUUUCGGUGCAUAAGAAACGUAAACUUCAGGCGGCCAGCAAAACUGGUUCAGGUUAUAUGGUGAGUGGCAUUGGACACGUCACCUACUUGGUUAGUCUAUCUCUAGACGCACCCUUGAAGAUCACAGCCUGGGAUUCUAAGUUUGCUGUCCCAGUAUCAAAGACUGAAAUCAGUUUGAUGACGGAGAAGGAUAACGAGAGCAAUAGUGUUAUCGGGCGUAGCAGCAAGGAUGGCGUUGGCAAGCCAGUGCAGAUCGUGAAUGUAGGUCCUGGGGACGUGGUGUUUGUUAUCUAUGAGCGUGGUGCUUUCCUUAUUCAUGUAAGGAACAAAAACUCGACGCUAGCCAGUGUCCUGGGAGCCACGGCAUGCAAAGAGUUGGCAGCCUUUCAGAGAUUAACGACGCCUGCAAUGCCUGACAGCGCAGUUGAAUGGGAUAGCGUGACAUCGACAAGCAGCGUGAACAACGAUACGCUGGAUGCUGAGACGUGGAAGGCGAAUAUAUGCAGUGAUGAUGACCGGGAAUGUCAGCUGAUUGCAGAUCUAUUAAACCCAAAAGUUACUUCUACAGCCGCUGAGUUUAUAAACCGCCUUGACAAGGCGCUAGCGAAACAGCAAAGCGAACAAAAGGCAGGCAAAAAGCAAGAAGAAGAGUUAUCGUAUCGGUUGUUACAGGCAGUGACGCGGCGUUGCUUAGACUCGACGGAUCUUGGUCUAUGGGCUCCCCUUGAGCAGAUGUUGCGUACAAAGCGAUUGUCCGCUCGCGCUGAGCCGACACUACUGCCUACGCUGAUGAAGCACAACCAGUUUGCGCUGCUCGAGUGUGCUAUUGUGCACCUUAUCGAUAUCGACGAGCGUUCAAUCGUGCAUUUGUUGAAGUAUUUUAUUCGUAAAAGCAGCAACUCGUCGUUCAUCAAGUUUGUAGCAAAGCAGGUCAAGGUCCAGGACAGGAAUACUGGCAAGAUUGAUGAAAUUGCAGCUUGCGAGCGCUUCAUUGUGGCACUCUUGGGCUUGCCUACGAACACGGUGUUUCUUCACCGUGCGAUCCGUGAAUUGGAACUGGAGGAGGUGCUGCUCGUGCUUGCAAUCUGCAAGAAGCUCUUGCUUGUGCAUACGAUUGGAGAUGAUGCUGAAGAUGAAGAGGAGGCAACCAAGUCAUCGAAGAAGUCCAAAACGUCCAAGAAGAAGAGAACAGACAAUAUUUUUGCAGUGAUGAAGGACGAGCGUCGCUUCACUCCGUUGCCUUCGGCCUCGCACUGCUGCGCGUGGAUUUGUGCUUUGCUGGAUGCUCACUUAUUGGCGUUGGUUCAGCGUGCGUCCCAGAAUUCAGAGGUGUCUUGUACACUGCACCAACUUGAUGAUUUGGUCCAGCUGCUGCUCCGGACAAAUGCACAGUAUGAGUCCGUCCAUGGCGUCCUGAGCAACUUCUUGUCGGGUGUGCGAUUGCCACAGGCUCCAGGACUGUCUGACUAUAGUAUUGAGGAGCUACGACUGUAA